AUGGAUCACGACGUAACCGGGCAGCCCCCAUUGAAAAGGACCAGGCUUUCCGUGGGUACUCAGGAUCAGGCUACAACAGAGCUUGGUACAUGUCCGGGGACCUUCAAUGAGAGUUUCAAUCUUGCUUCUGAGCAGCUAUCAAGUGUCUGGCCUGCCUGGGAUGAUAAUCCGAUAGACUCUGACUUUUCGAACCUUGCCAACAAUGCACCUGACGGCUUCUUUUCACCUGAAAGCUCACUUUCGACAACCAACUUGGGCAUACCCAACUGCAUUGGGACGAUCAACUACGGGAUCAGCGACUGGACGUUUCCUGACUCUGGGCAACCGACUCCGGCAGCGGCCAAUACAUGGUUCCUCGACGAACAAGAUUGGAACCCGCAGUCAGCUUCUCACCUUCAAUGUGCCGAAGAUGCUACCAAUGGAGACGUGUUCAUGCUGGACGCUCCCUCGGUACCAGUAGCUCUUCCGCCCUUUGAGCCAUCCCUUGGUGGCCACAGUAGCCAUCAUCAAGUUACGGUCUCUCGGGACGAUCAAAAGGGACGGCCAGAUAUGGGCUACGAUAAAAUGACGGGACAAUCCAUUUCGACGCCGGAGUCCGCUCAGGAAAACGAGAGCCGUGACUGGUCUCUGUCCGCCCCCAAAAGUGACACUUCGGCUGAAGAUGAGAAAAUCCCGAAUGUCUGCUUUGGAAUGAUCCAUAAUGCGAGGAUAAAGCUGCUUGACGACGCCAGCGGCGCCUCCAACAUGUUGUGUUCUUUGGCAGUAGCCUCGCCCUCCGAGCCCUACGAGGUCCUCACAGCUGAUUAUCGUAAAACUCACAUAUCCGUUCAGUAUAUGGGGAAAGAUCUCGCCGUCUUGGAGAGCGCCGUAUCCGAUCCUCUCAUUGAAAUCCGGAAGAGGGCUACCACUAAGGUCGAGCUGCUUAUUGACAUGGGAAACCUUCGGAAAAAAAGUCGAGCUGGCUUGGACCUAGAAGUUCUCUUGAACGGCCUGGGCCAUGAGUCGGAGUUGGAGGUGCCGGCGCCUGUCGAUCUGAUAUUGACAAAGUUGAAACGGCAUCAAAUGUCUGCAAACCACAGCUUUGAGCACGCCAUCACCGGUACUCGGAAAGCAAGUCCAGUGGUGGAGACUGUGGGCGGCAUCCUUGCGGAUGAAAUGGGUCUCGGAAAGACUCUGACAACGCUUGCCGUGAUUCUGGAGAGUCUACCUGAAUCGCGAUUGUUCGCUUCGACUCACCCUUCUCCUGGAAAGCCUGCGACGAAAGGCACUCUAGUUCUGGCACCAUCAGUCCUUGUUCUCAACGAGUGGCUCACAGAUAUCAAAAAUCAUACGCUGUCUACGCAGUUCAACUAUCACAUGUACCAUGGGGCAACCAAAACAAAAGCCAUUCACGAUCUUGUGAAGCACGAUAUAGUCCUGACAACGUUUUCAACUCUGGCAUCCGAAUAUCGGAACGGCUCGGGACUGCUCCAUUCGGCAACAUGGUUUCGAAUUGUCCUGGAUGAAGCACAUUCCAUACGCCACGAGGCCACCCAACAAUUCAAAGCAACUGCUAGCCUCGCGGCCAAGUUCAGGUGGUGUUUGACCGGGACCCCGAUUCAGAAUGGACUCCGCGAUCUUCAAGCCCUGGUAAACUUCCUCCAGAUUCCCGUGUUGUCGAAGAAGAGCACGUUCCGAAACAACAUUACCAAGCCAGUAAUGGACAGUCAUCCCAUUGGUAUCAGGAACCUUCGUCUCCUUCUCGGAUCGAUCUGCCUACGCCGAGCGAAAAACCAAGUGGGUCUUCAAGAACCCACCGAGAUCGUACACCGCCUGGAAUUGUCAGACGAGGAGAAGGAAUUGCACAAGGAUGCUGGACGGGAGGCCAGAGAACUUGCCGACAGAGUUCUGUGUGAGGACUCUCAGAAUGUGAAUGAAGACCAAUCCAUACCGCCCGACGGAAGUUCGACAAAGCUGAAUUGUCUGCUGGAGGAUAUCCUCAAACAUCAGGGCUCUGCAAAGAGGCUCAAUAUUGAAUGCGCCUCACGCGUCCACGUCGUGGAGCCGCACUGGAACCCAUCAGUAGAAAAGCAAGCCAUUGGCCGUGCCAUACGAUUGGGCCAAACCAAAGACGUUGUCGUGGUGCGAUAUAUCAUAGCUGGAACGAUCGAAGAGUAUGUGCGUCGGCGACAGGAGCAAAAGCUAGAGCUUGCUACCCUAGGUUGGGAUAGUAGAGAAGAAGAACACCGGCAAAAGCUUGCAGACUUGGAGGAUAUCGAUAUGCUCUCUGGUGCUGUGCCCGCAGUUCAGCAGGAAAUCGACAACACCGAUCCGACCCAUCUCAGCAGCAGCCAUCAGCGGAGUUUGGUCUCCAUGGACAAGGUUCGCGUCAAGACCGCACUCCUCUACUAG